CGAAGCUUUUUCAGAAGAACGAAACAUCUUCCAUUGUUUUUGGGCGAAUUAAAGUCUCGCGUUGAAAAAAUUUUGCGCUCUUCAAAUUAAUUGCAAUAAUUUCGCUUCAGUUGCAAUCAGUGCAGUGAUAUUGCACCGAGCAUAGUUUUUCAAACAGUUUCGGUUUUGCAUUCGAACAGUGUUUUAAAUCUUUCGUAUACGUUGCGUUUUUAUUAUGUCAUUAUCGCGUAUUAUCUUUUUUAUCUUUUCAACGUUUUGAAUGUGUACAAAAAAAAUAAUAAUAAUUUAUUGUGAAUUUUAAAUCAUUUUCCUCUCUAAUUAGUAACUCUGCAGCAGUGCUCGAGUGUUAAUAUGGCUUUCGUGCGGACAAAAUAUUCUCGAACGAAAAUUUUUCAUUAAUUGGAUUUAUCAAGCAUGGUGAUUAAAUCGGACGCAUCUGCAGAUGCUUUAGUAGCGUCACCGUGCUCCGAUGUAGUCGGCGGUGACGAUGCUCCCAAGAGAACCGUUGAUAACGAUAUGCAAGUAUCUCAAGAUGUAUGCUCUCAAGACGAGUCGAUAAACAAAAAUCUAGUCAAAUAUGGGGAAUUGAUAAUUUUAGGAACACUUCGUUUCGCCUCCGAAAGUGGGAAAUUGACGCAUUCGCGAUUUUCGAGGAUACAAGCUGAUUUUGGCCCAUCCCUAUAUAAUGGCCAUUUGCCAAAUGGAGAUCGUGGCAGAAGAAGAAGUAAAUUCGUAUUGUAUAAAAGAAAUGUCCCAAAUGGUGUGAAAAGAUCGAAACAUUAUGUGGUCAGGACACCACAUUCAACUCAAGCCAUUUUGAACACCGAACAACAUUCGAUAUCGUAUACUAUGUCCAGAAAUCAAGCAGUUAUUGUAGAAUAUACACACGAUGAAAAUACAGAUAUGUUUCAAAUUGGCAGAUCGUCAGAACCUCCGAUAGAUUUUGUGGUAUUGGAUACGGUGGCCGGUGAUAAAAAUAAAACCGACAAUAAAGUAUUGGCCAGUACUAUAUCGCGUUUCGCUUGCCGAAUUUUAUGUGAUCGACAUAAUCCAUCCAUUGCUCGUAUAUAUGCCGCUGGUUUCGACUCAUCGAAAAAUAUAUUUUUAGGGGAAAAAGCCACAAAAUGGGAAACAGGACACGAUAUGGAUGGACUGACCACAAACGGAGUGCUGAUUAUGCAUCCGCACGGCUGCUUUAGCGAUGGCAACGCCACGUACGGAACUUGGCGCGAAGUCUCCAUCGGUGGUGCUAUUUAUAGUUUAAGAGCUUCUCGAUCUGCUCCUGUCAAAGGAAACUCCGUCGAAGGUGUUACCAAUAUAUUACAAGAUGGUACGUUAAUCGAUCUUUGUGGCGCGACUUUACUUUGGAGGACGGUCGAAGGACUGAAGAAAUCACCAACAAAAGAAUACCUAGAAGGAUUAGUAGAUAAAUUAAACGCCGACAGACCCGUAUGCCCUGUUGGUCUGAAUACUUUAGUAAUACCUCGUAGAUCUAAUAUGGAACAUAAUCUGCAGCAACCUUACGUUUAUUUAUCUUGUGGACAUGUCCAAGGUCAUCACGACUGGGGUUUGAAUAAAGAUUCUAAUUUUAGAACUUGUCCGAUGUGUUUAAAAGUCGGAAGAGCUGUGAAAUUAUAUAUGGGAAUUGAACAAGCCUUUUAUGUGGACUGCGGGCCGCCUGUGUUUUUUGCCUUUGAUCCUUGCGGACAUAUGGCGACGGAGAAAACCGUAAAAUAUUGGGCUCAAAUUAGCAUCCCACACGGUACCAGCGGUUUCGAGGCGUUUUGUCCGUUCUGCGCGACUCUUCUGGAGAACGUACCGGGAUACGUGCGACUUAUUUUUAACUAAACUUAUUUUUUUAUUCUUUUUUCCAUGUUUUACUGCGUAAAGAAAUGAAAUAAGGAUAAAAAAUGUUGUUGUGUAUAAAAAAAAGGAUACGUUGUUGAGAGGAAAAAUGGUUGCAUCGGCAUCGGCAUCAUCGUCAUCGUUUCUCCGCAAUUAUUAUUCUUCUUUACUGUUCCUGACACCAUUUUAUUUUAAAAUGUUGGCUCGCCCUGUGUUGUAUUUACUAUGUAUAUUUUAAUUCUAUUCGUAUAUUUCCUUCUUUCUGAAUUUAAGAAUUUUAAUUUUAACGAUUUCACUACUGUUUGUAUAUUUGUUUGUGAAUACAUGCGUUAUAUUUAUA